UGGCGGCCAAUACGCAUGCGUGUCUCGCCAGCCGCGCGCACGCCCGGAGAGGUUACUGGCCGACUGCGCGUGCGCCCCGCUGUCCUCGGAAUGGAGACUGGGUAUUACAGAACAACAAUAAAAACAGAAUCAGGUUCUGAAAGUAUCUGCAUGGAAGAAGUGAUGAUUAAGAAGACUGAUGAUAUGGCAGACUUCAUGGAUGACUUGAAACUCAGCUCACCAAAGAAAAGAUACUCUUGUUUGAGAUCUGAGAGAAGUUGUGAUAGGUCAUCAACAAGGUCAUCUAGUAGAUCUUCUUGCAGUUCACAGUCCAGUUCAAGUACAUCCUCUUCAGCUUCCUCCAGGAGUUGGAGCCGGUCCAGAUCCAAAUCACGGGCUCGACGAAAUAGUUCCCAAAGGUACAGAAGAUCCUCUCGUUCCUAUUCCAGAAGCCGGUCAAGAUCAUGUGGCUACAUGAGUUACAGAGGAAGGUACCACGCCAGACACUACAGGAGGUACCACCGUUCUCCGCGGCGUAGGUCGCGCAGUAGGUCAUGGUCUCGUGGGAGAUCCUGUUACAGAAGGUCCUAUUCAAGAAGCAGAUCACGUUCAAGAGGCCGAAGAUACUAUGGAUUUGGGCGAACAGUAUAUCCUGAGGCUUACAGGAACUGGAGAAGCAGGUCACAAACGAGAUCUCGUAGUAGGUCACCUCUACAUUUGAGUGAAAAAGAAAAGAGGGAACUUCUGGAAAUUGCAAAAGCUAAUGCUGCAAAAGCUCUGGGAACAGAUAACAUAGUCUUGCCUGCAAGUUUGAAGAUCCUUACUCCUUCCAAGGAGACAAAUAAUAUAAAACAAGAGCAUGAAGAUUCUGGGGACUCGGGUGAGAAAUCAUGACUAUGGUUCCAGACAUGAUGAAGAAAAUCUGUUGGUAAUUAAGGGACUUGUGGGCUAUAGUUGCUGUAAAUUUAAGGGAGGGAGAAACUUGAGCAGCUUAAACUGAACUUCAGUUUGGCUCUGUUAUGAUGUGUUAAUCUGAUUCAUGAUAAAUAGAAAAUUGCGCUAAUUGUUACAUCUAUCAGAUGCUGAUAUUUCAUAUUUGCUAAGGGUUUUAGACAAAUGGUACAGGCAUCCCUUUCAUAAUAUAUGCAAUAUAUUCCAGAUGUUGAGAGAUUACAGAAGAGGAGGCCUGCAUCACUUGCAGAUAAGUUUAUUGUUGUUAUCCAAAGCUCUGCAGGAUUAAUAUGCAGAACUUCAUGCAACUUACUCUAACACUACGUUUCAUUGUAUGGCAUUCCAUGCUUUGAAUCAUUUGAAUCCUCUUUAAGACUUAACUGGGGCGUGGAUACCAGGUCACAUGUGAAUUGGCACAAGGACAUCGAUAAAGAUAAUACAUGUUUUUCAAACUGACUUCAACAUGGAUCUGUUUGCCUAUAUAUAUAUAUUUAAAAAAAAAAGGCAUCAAAAAGCAUCAAGUACAAAAGAUACAAUAAAAAAAGUAUCAAAAAGCAUCAAAAGUAGCUCACAGCUACUUUUGAUGUAAAAAACUGAAACAACCAUACUGGAAAACGAAUAAUGUAUGAUGACUGCCUUAACCUGCAUAGAGUAUUGUAUCGUCCCACUUAUGCUUUGUGUGUUUUUCUCUAGCAACCCAGAAGACUAACA